CAGACGAACAUCUUACUAUGCCAAUGCAGAAUAGAGUUCAAUCAAUCUCCGAUCGAACCAUCCCCCAAAAGCACGAUCCCUCCAAGACCGACAAAUUCACAUGCAGCUCCCGAAAGCCUGGGACUCCAAAGUGGAGCAAUCCGGCUUGCCCCCGAUCCGAGAAGUUGGAAGAACAAGCCCGUUUCAGCUCCGCCAAGAACGAUCAAGCCAAGCAAUAUUAAUCAAUGCUAUACAUAUAAAACAACCAUAAGUCGCCGAAAUACGGGGUAUUAUCGAGCUUUUCACAGGGCUAGUGUAGUGGUAUGGCUGUUUUGCUUGCAGGUUUUACCAACGUCACAUCCCGGUAUCGUCCCAGAUCUGAGACAGAUCUGAAAACAGCCUGGAGUUCACCGACCGUGCCAAACAUUUGAUGAAGACCAGCC